GGUAUGAUUGGCUCACCCCCAGGCAAAUCCACGGAUCACGUGCUGCCCCUCCUCGGCUGGUACUUACUGGCACUGGCACUGGCAGGACCUCAUGUGGGUCUCUCACCUCGAACCGACUAAGAAGCAGUCCAUUUGCCACGAGUAAAGUAACUUAGGAUGUCAGGUUGCGGACCAUCACGAGUAUGACCAGGAAAGUGAGCGUGUUGGAGACGGACAGGCAGAUGAGCAUUCAAGCUUGACAUUGCCCGUUGCUUCUCAUGGCCUGAAUUCUGCCGACACACCCCAACAGCCAGAUCUGGACUGAUCGAAAGAUUUGCGAAAACUGGAAACUAUACGCAUGCUCUUCCUUCUUCAGAUCGCAUCAUCGCAUCGGCAAUCAUGAAGAGAAAAGCGACCACACAACUUCAGGCCGGGCGGCCACCUCUGGCCAAGUCAGUUCGGACUAUGUCUCGCAAAGCCAGCCGCACCCUGAUCAACACCCAUCACCAGUUGGAGAAGAGGCGCCAGCAAGCCGCAAAGAAAGGAGAUAAGAUCGAAGAAGCCUUGAUAGAGAAGGAGAUUUCUAAGAUUGGAGGCAUUGGCAACUACCAGCGGGCAAGCCUCCAGGGCCAAAGCCUUGAUCGAGGAGGGGACACCUCCAAGAUCCUUUUAGAUUGGCUGCCGACAAGCGAGUUAGGAGGGGCCCGACGCAAGUUGAGAAUGCUUGAAGUUGGCUCGUUGAGCACACGAAACGCUUGUUCACUCAGUGGCUUGUUCGAUAUGGUCCACAUUGAUCUCAACAGCCAGGAGCCUGGGAUCGAACCACAGGACUUCAUGAAGAGGCCGCUGCCCGAGGAUGACUCUCAGAAGUUCGACAUUAUAUCGCUGAGCCUCGUGAUCAAUUUCGUGCCGGAUGCGGCGACCCGCGGUCAAAUGUUGGAGCGAACGCUGUCCUUCUUACGUGCGACCCCUUCAGAAGACCAGGCCGCCGUCGAAGAUUUCUUCCCUUCAGUGUUCCUCGUCUUGCCCCGGAGCUGUGUCGACAACUCCAGGUACUUCACAGAAGCUAGGUUGGAAGCCUUGAUGGGAACACUGGGGUUUGCCAAGAUCAGCGGCAAGACGACGCAGAAACUGGCAUACAGUCUCUGGAAAAUGGGAGCCACGCCCAGCAACAAUGCUAAAUUUCCCAAGAAGGAAAUCAACCCAGGGAAGACAAGAAACAAUUUCGUCAUCACGCUCGAUAGAUCAACGAGCUGAUCAUCGGGUGGACUCAUUCCUUACUCACGCACGGUGCCAUGUGGUCUUGCUUCUGUCAGGCACUUGGAGACGCCCGUCUGAGUUCCGAAUCUACUCUAAUCAUAGCAUUCCCCUAUUAGUCUUUUGGUUUCCAUGCGCAAAACAUAUCCGACACUUGGCACCUCAAGGCGCUGA